AUGAAUUACGAAAAGGAGAAAACCGUUUUUUCAUCUUCUUCUUCUUCUUCCUUUACCUUAUCCAAAGGGAUCAAUGGUCUCGAUAAGGUUCUUCUUCGCGAGUCUCGUGGUUCAUCCGCAGAGGUUUACCUGUACGGUGGUCACGUGACUUCUUGGAAGAAUGAACAUGCAGAGGAAUUGCUUUUUCUCAGUAGUAAGGCUAUCUUUAAGCCACCUAAGGCUAUCCGCGGAGGGAUUCCAAUAUGCUUUCCACAAUUUGCAAACCAUGGACCCCUGGAAUCACAUGGAUUUGCUAGAAAUCGGUUUUGGACCAUUGAAGAUGAUCCUCCUCCUUUUCCAACAAAUAAUUUGAGCAAAGCCUUUGUUGAUUUGAUUCUUAAACCCUCUGAAGAAGACUUGAAAAUCUGGAACCACAGUUUCGAGUACCGUUUGAGGGUAGCUUUGGGACCCGCAGGAGAUUUGAUGUUGACUUCUCGGAUUCGGAACACAAACAUUGAUGGAAAGCCAUUUUCGUUCACCUUUGCUUAUCAUACAUAUCUAUCAGUAUCAGACAUAAGUGAAGUUCGGGUUGAGGGAUUAGAGACCCUGGAUUAUCUUGACAACUUGCAGAACAAGGAGCGUUUUACUGAACAGGGGGACGCUUUGACGUUUGAAUCAGAAGUUGACAAGAUAUAUCUUAGUACUCCAACAAAGAUUGCAAUUAUUGAUCACGAGAAAAAGAGGACAUUUGUUUUGCGUAAAGAUGGCAUUCCUGAUGCUGUGGUGUGGAAUCCUUGGGAUAAGAAAGCAAAGGCUAUGGCUGAUUUCGGCGAUGAUGAGUACAAGCAUAUGCUUUGUGUAGAGGCUGCUGCUAUUGAAAAGUCUAUCACUUUGAAACCUGGAGAAGAAUGGAAAGGAAGACUAGAGCUUUCAGCUGUUCCAUCUAGUUACUGUAGUGGGCAGCUUGAUCCCCAGAAAGUUCUUCAGGGAAGCUGA